UUUCCGUGGCGACAGGAGCCUGCGGAAGGCGGCGGCGGCGGCGGCUGCUGCAAGAAGAGGCCGAGGCCGGGCAUGGUGGCGCCGACGGGCCUCUGAGAGACAAGUUGCGGCGGGGCCCGCCAUGCGCCGGCGGCCCUGACAUGGGCGCCAGCGGCUCCAAGGCCCGGGGCCUGUGGCCCUUCGCCUCGGCGGCGGGGGGCGGCGGCCCGGAGGCGGCGGUCGUCGAGCAAGCUUUGGUGCGGCCGCGAAGCCGAGUCGUGCCCCCCUUCGUGUUCACGCGCCGCGGCUCCAUGUUCUAUGAUGAGGAUGGGGAUUUGGCUCACGAAUUCUAUGAGGAGACAAUCGUCACCAAGAAUGGGCAGAAGCGGGCCAAGCUGAGGCGAGUGCAUAAGAACCUGAUUCCUCAGGGCAUCGUGAAGCUGGAUCCCCCCCGCAUCCACGUGGAUUUCCCUGUGAUCCUCUAUGAGGUGUGAGCCUGCAGAGCACAGGCAAAAGCACCUCCUGCCCCAGCAAGAAACCCCCAGGCUCAAGGUGUGGCAUCCUUUCUGGAACCUAGGCUGGGUUCAAGACCCUGAAUAAACUGCAUUGGCCUGGAACCUCCCUCUCUGAGCGGCCAGUCCUGCAGUGUCAGCUGGGUGUUGGUUUCUGUGUGGACAAGGAGGAACUGGUGGCUGGUGAGGCUGAUGAGGCUGAUGGUUGAGUUACCGGCCCACCUGCCCCAGCACGCCCUACAAGGCACACAGCAGGGCAUAUGCUGCUUAGGAAUGCCUGGCUCCUGUGCCCUUGCCUGGCCUGCAUUCUCCCAAGCUUGCCUAAGGCCCAGCCCUACUAGGGGCUACAGCACUUUACAAGCAAGAUCUGCCUUUUUCCAGCCUCUGGGCUGUAGGAACUAUACACAAGUGGGAGCUUCCUUCCCUUCACUUAAUAACCUUACCCCCUCCUUGGAGCAUUUCAGCCGUUUGCUACCUCGAUUCCUUUUGUGUUGGACAGAGGCUGGGGGCAGCACAAGCCUGAUUCUUCCUACCUGCCCGCUCAUCUGUCCCCCACCCCACUCUGCCCAGAUGGAUGUACAGUUUCUUCUGGCAGUUAACAGGAGCAGAGGCUGGUGUGGGAGGCUCUCCCUCCACCCAGGGCUGGGCUUACCCCACCCCACUGCAGCUAGUUAUUGCUCCCCCAUCCCCAGGGUGAGAGGACAGGAAGGACUGUGUAUGCCUCUGCCUGUGGGGUUUGCCCUGACCUACCUACUUUGGUCUAGUCCCCCCUGCGUUGGCACCAGCCCCAUGCCCACUCCCCACUGGGAGGAGCCCGUCCACCACCCUUUGGUGUGGGACAGCACCCUAGGUCUGGUGCCAGUGACCCUCUCCCUACACUAUAGUCGUCUCUUGAGGAUCAGCCAAGGGCAAGUACCGGAGCCCCUGGGCAGGGACAGAAAGAUCAGCCAUGAAGCGAAUGCUCUAAAUGUGAUGUUUGAAAAUAGUCUAGGCCAUGAUGUUGUUGGGGCAGCCUGAUUUCCACAUAGAAAUUACUUACUCCUUAUCACUGCGCAAGCUCUGUGCUUCAAGAGUGUGGGAAAUGGCCUGGGGAGGGUGGCCCCCAGUUUAGGAAGGCUGUUAUUUGUUCAGUUUCAAUAAAAUUAUUUGUAGACCCUG